AUGGAGCAAGACAACCCUCAAAUACUUGGAAAUGCUCACUCUGAGUUUAAAAACUAGAACUUCAAAUGUGCAGAACAACUGUAUACAAAGUUUAUCUCUUCCUACUUACAGUCCAGGGAUUGUAAAGCCAGUCAUUUGGCCACUGCUUACAACAACCGCAGACAGAUAAAGUACCUCCGGGUGGUUUUUGGUGAAGCAGUUGAGGACUUCUCUUUAGCGAUACAUGACAGCAGCUUUGAGACACCUUUCUACAACAGAGGACUCAUCCACUAUAGACUAGGUUUUUUCGAUGAUGCCAAGAGUGACUUCCAACAAGUAUUGAAGAUGAAUCCAGAUUUUGAAGAUGCCAAAGUGAGCCUGAAACAGACACUUCUGGACCAGCAGCACAAGAUAGACAGGGGAUACUGACAACUCCAUAAACUAUAGAAUAUACCUUUUUAUAAAUCCUGAAAUCUGUUGGCUUGAAGAAACAAUCUGUGAAGUUUUGUCAAAUUAUUUACAAUAAUGUACAGCUAUCGUAUAGAAAAUUGGAAUUGUAUUUGA